AUGAACACAGUAUCCGAAACUAUUGCAAGAAAGGGAAGAUUGGCAGGCAACGUCCUCAAAACUAUUUCUAAUGAAAGUCGAUCUAAGCUACUUCUUAAGAUCCAUGAUGGCUUGAAGGCCAAUGCAGGUUCCAUUCGAGCCGCUAACAAACUAGACUUAGAAUUGGCGGAGAAGAGUCAAUUGGCGGACUCGCUUUAUAAGAGAUUAGACCUUUUUAAAGGAGAUAAAUUCGAAACUAUGCUAGUGGGUAUCAAAGAUGUAGCUGAGCUGGAAGAUCCAGUUGGAAAGGUGAAGCUGGCCAGACAACUUGACGAAGGACUGAACCUCUAUCAAGUAACUGCGCCUGUCGGAGUUCUUUUGGUAAUUUUUGAAUCAAGGCCAGAAGUCAUUGCUAAUAUCACUUCGUUGGCUAUAAAGUCAGGCAACGCAGCCAUUUUGAAAGGUGGUAAGGAGUCUGUCAACACGUUUAGAGAAAUAUCACGUAUCAUCAACUCUGUUAUCACAGAGAAUGAGCUCGCUCUGGGUAUUCCCUCCGGUGUAAUUCAACUGAUUGAAACGCGCCAAGAUGUGUCUGACUUGUUACAACAAGACCAGUAUAUUGACCUGGUAGUUCCAAGAGGUUCGAAUGCAUUGGUAAGGCAAAUCAAGUCGAGCACCAAGAUCCCAGUUCUAGGCCAUGCUGACGGAAUUUGCUCAAUCUUUUUAGAUCACGAGGCAUCGUUGAACGUGGCCAAACGCAUAACUCUUGAUGCUAAAACGUCUUAUCCUGCAGGCUGUAAUGCAGUGGAAACAAUAUUGAUUCAUCCAGAAAUGCCUGAAUGGUGGGAGGUUUUGAAAAAUCUCUCUAAAGCAGGAAACGUCAAACUGCAUGUUACAAAAGAUGUUAAAGAUGCAUAUCUGUCUAAACUGAAUGAAGACAGUCAAUCAAGUGGUUAUUUUCAGUCCUUCAUUGUCGAUAUUGACGAGUCAAGUGAUUUUGACAAGGAGUUUUUGUCUCUAGAUUGUGCUGUAAAAUUUGUUGAGUCUACCGAAGAAGCUGUUUCACACAUCAACGUGCACUCCUCAAAGCAUACCGACGCCAUUAUUACUGAGAACAAGAAGAACGCGGAAUUUUUUCUCAAGGGAGUGGACUCUUCCGGUGUCUACUGGAACGCUUCUACACGAUUUGCAGAUGGUUUUAGAUAUGGUUUUGGGACUGAAGUUGGAAUUUCCACCAGUAAGAUACACGCACGUGGCCCUGUGGGCCUGGAUGGACUUGUGAGCUACCAGUAUCAGCUAAGAGGUAGCGGACAAGUUGCUAGUGAUUACGUUGGCUCAGGGGGCAAUAAGGCCUUCAUUCAUAAAAACCUAGACAUAACAGGUAUUCAGCUAUGA